AUGGAUAAACCGAAGCGUGAGGCCAUCUUAGACCUCGCUAAAUACGUGAACGAACGCAUUCGGGUCAAGUUCACUGGCGGACGGGAAGUGACCGGAGUGCUCAAGGGCUAUGACCAGCUACUCAACCUCGUGCUUGAUGAAGUACAAGAAAAUUUGCAAGGCCUCCCUGAGGGCCAACCGACGACACGCAAUCUAGGUCUCGUUGUCCUCAGAGGCCCAACGAUCACGCUCUUGAGUCCUGUAGACGGCUAUGAAGAAAUCGCGAACCUAACAAAUAGUCAACACCAGUAA